AUGACCCAGAACACGAUCUUCGUCAGCGGCGCCACGGGCACAGUCGGCGGCGCAGUCGCCAAGAACCUCCUCGAAUCCAACAUCGCCGUCCGCGCCCUCGUCCGCAACCCGGACUCCGACGCCGCCAGGACCCUCUCACGCCUCGGCGCGACCCUCAUCCCCGGCGACUACGACGACGAAGACGCCCUGAAGAAGGCCACGGAGGGCGUCACCGGCGCCUUCCUCAACCUGAUGCCCGACUUCGUCGACCACGCCUGGGAGCUCAAGACCGCCAAGCGCAUCAUGGCCGCCGCCAGGGACGCCGGCGCGACGCACUUCGUCUACAGCAGCGGCUUCGCCGUCCAGGCGCCCGAGAAGCUGAGGCACUGGGACCCCGACAGCUUCACCGCGAUGGUGCUGCUGUCGAAGCAGUCCAUCGAGGAGGAGGUGCGGCAGGCCGGGUUCGAGAACUGGACGAUCCUGAGGCCGGGCUACUUCGCGGGGAACUUUCUCCUCCCGCAGGUCGCCGUGUUUCCUGAUCUGGUUAACGACGGCAGGUUCGUGAAUGCCUUCAAGCCCGACUCGCAACUGCCGGUGCUGGAUCCCUACGAUAUUGGAAAAUUCGCGGCGGCGGCGUACCGCGACCCGGCGAGGUUCAACGGCCAGGAGAUACCCAUCUCGGCUGAGAACAUGACCGUGGGUGAAUUGAUGGCGAAGCUGUCCACGGCGUCGGGGAAGGAUAUCAGGGCUGUUUUCUUGUCGGAUGAGGAGAUCGAGGCGCAGAAGGCGGGGAAUCCGUUCAUUGCUGGACAGUUGGCCGCGCGUGACAUGGUACAGUUUGCGGACCAGGAGAACACCAACAGCUGGGGGAUUACUCUGGGCACGUUCGAUCAGUUCUUGGAACAUGAGAAGGCGAGAGUGCAGGAGACCUACAGCAAGCUUGCUUGA